ACAAAUUUAAAUUUAAUAAAAUUUAAAGAUUUAAAUGAAAAAACUCGAUAUAUGAUAAAAAUUCGUUCAAAAAAUCAUAUUGGUUUUAGUGAUUAUUCAACUAAUUUAUUUAUUACAACAAAAGAAUCUCCUAUUCGAUUAGAAGAAUUUCCUAAUAUUGAACAAGCUUAUUAUACAACACAUGAUUAUCGUUUACAUUUUCAAAUAAGUUCUGUACGUUCAAUAUUAAUAUCACUUGAUCAAUUAUGUAUACAAUAUUAUAAUAAUGAUGAUAUAUCAGCAUGUAUACCAUUAACAUCAAUUCAAUUAAUUAAUGAUGGAAUUACAAUAAAUAUUGAACAAAAAAAUUUACGUUUAAAAUUAUGUUUAAUUAAUCAAACAGAUAUAUGUUCAAAAUCAAUUCCAAUUUUAGCACAUAUUCAAUUAUCAAAUCAUCCAUCAGAUUUUAUUUUAAUGUUAAUUGGAGGUAUAUUAGGUUUUUGUAUUGUAUUCGGAUUAAUUAUUUUAUCAAUUUAUAUUCAUCAACGAAAAUAUAAAACAAAAUCUAAAAAUGGUUCAACUGAUACAUUAAAAACAAAUUCAGAUAAUUUUCAUCCUAUAGUACCAGUUCGUGUUCGUGAUACAAAUCCAUGUCUUUAUUAUCCAAGAAAUGAAAGUCGAACAUUAUAUUAUAAUGAUGAAACAAUUGGUAUUUAUUCUAUUCAAGAAAAAAAAAAUUCAAUUUGUUUUGAUUCUGGUAUGCCAUCAAUAACAUCAAAUAAUUCAGAUUCAAUUGGUUCACAAGCAUUAUCAUCAUUAGAUUUUUAUGAUCGUUCAGAUGGAGAAUAUCUUGUUAAUGGUAGAAGAUCAAUAAAUAAAAUUCUUUUAUCAAAUAUAUCAACAUAUACAACAAAAGAUAAUCAUAUGAAUAUUUCAAUUAAUGGAAGAAUAUCAUCCGAAGAAGAAAGUGACAUUUCUACAUUGAGUAAAUCUCAAAAUGGAAAAAAACUUGUCUAUGAAGUUGUGGUGUAA